AUGACGACCGAGGCAUCGACCUCAGCAUUCCGGCGAGAAAACGUCAAGUUUGCCUCGCAGAACGACCUGUGUGCUGCAUGGGUGUACCGACCGACCGCAUCACCCUUGGCGUCUCGCUCCGGCACCUCCGCGUCGAAGCAAUACCCUGCCAUGAUCCUCGGCCACGGUCUCGGCGGAAUCAAGGAGAUGGGUCUCGACCGCUUCGCCUCGCGCUUCACCGAGCUCGGCAUCGUCUGCGUCGUCUUUGACUACCGCCAUUUCGGCGAGAGUGGCGGCCAACCGCGCCAGCUGCUCGACAUCUCCCUUCAACUGCAGGACUGGGAGGCGGCCAUCGACUAUACCUCCAGUCUGGAGAACGUCGACAAGGAGCGCAUCGGAAUCUUUGGGAGCAGCUUUGGCGGUGGCCAUGUGAUCAGCGUCGCAGCCAAGGACAAGCGCGUCAAGGCGGUCAUCUCGCAGUGCCCCUUCACUUCCGGUUUCCAUUCGGCGCAGACGGUGGGACUUCUGCCGCUGCUGAGGUUGGGUGUGCUGGGUCUUCGGGACAUGCUAUUCUCGUCCAAAGACCAGAUCUUGCCCGUCCCUCUCGCGGGCAAUCCUGGCGAAACUGCGCUCAUGAACGCGCCGGACGUCAUCAAGUUCCGCCGACUCAUCCCGGCCAACUUCGACUACGCAGACUACGUAGCUGCUCGCUUUGCGCUUCACAUCGGUCUCUACAAUCCGGGAUGGAAGAGCGCCUCGGUUCACUGUCCGAUUCUGUUCGCCGUCUGCGGCAAGGACUCGGUCGCACCGCCCGGUCCCACGCUGUCCUACGCCAAGCAGGCACCUAAGGCAACGAUCAAGCUGUACGAGCAGAUGGGCCACUUUGACAUCUAUGUCGACGAGCACUUUGAUAUCGCCACCAAGGACUACAACGAGUUCUUGCGGGCCAAUCUGUAG